AUGCAUGGUCUUGGACAAUACGGCCAGACCUUUUCCGCUUAUUAUGAUCCCAAGACAGGCACCGUGACUGAGAGACUUGUCUCCAACACCAAUCAUGACAUGUUCUGUCCUGGCAUCAGCUCAGCGUUUGACGGGAGUGUGGUCGUUACAGGCGGCUCUAGCACCAAGAAGGUCAGCGUACAUACUGUAGGAAGUGGAGGUGGGUUCGUGGUUGCUCCUGAGCUGGCUAUACCACGAGGAUACCAAUCACAAGUCACUUUGUCAGAUGGGAGGCUCUUCACCAUUGGCGGAUCCUGGAUCCGGGUCACCAACAACCAGCCUGGCAGCGGUCAAGUUGGAGGCAAGACCGGAGAGGUAUAUGAUUUCAAUACCAAGAAGUGGACAGUCCUUCCUGGCUGCCCGACGGCACCACUGGAAACGAACGACAAGGAGGGAUUGUAUCGUUCUGACAAUCACGCUUGGCUUUUCUCAUGGAAGAAUGGCUCGGUCUUCCAAGCCGGUCCAAGCAAAGCGAUGAACUGGUUCUAUACGAACUCACAAGGAAGCUUUGCCUCUGCUGGUACCAGAGACAACACAGAUGCUAUGUGCGGUGUUUUCCAGAUGUACGAUGCUACUACUGGCAGUAUCUUCACCGCCGGUGGUGCGCCUGACUACGACCAGUCGCCAGGGAUCAAUAAUGCCAAUGUCAUCACCAUCAACCAAGCAUCAGGACAAGCAAACGUUCGCAAGCUACGCGGUAUGAAUCACCCACGUGCGUUUGCCAACGCAGUGACGCUGCCCAUCGGCCAAGUCUUGAUUCUGGGAGGCCAGACCUACGCAAGAACGUUCACAGACAACGAUGCCGUGACAGUUCCUGAGCUGUGGGAUCCUGUCACCAACAACUUCACUGAUCUGGCCGACUCCCGUAUACCAAGAACAUACCAUUCAGCUGCAGCCUUACUCCCAGACGGAACUGUCUUCUCCGGUGGUGGCGGACUUUGUGAUUUCUGCGGGUCAGCGAAUCAUCUCGAUGGGCAAAUUUUCACGCCUCCUUACCUCUUGAAAGCGGAUGGCGUGACACUCGCAAAACGACCAAACAUUACUAGCAUCCAGCCAAGUGUGUUGAAAGUUGGUGGCGAGAUGACCAUUACGGUCAGCAGCUCUUCUGGAUCUGGGACAAAUGGCAUCAGAGUGGCAUUGCUUCGCUUGGGGUCUUCCACCCAUUCGACAGACACCGAUUCUAGACGUGUUCCACUCUCAGGUGGCACGAGUGUUGGAGCCGGAGCGACGAGGUACAGGCUACCUUCUGAUCCUGGUGUUUUACUGCCAGGCUACUAUUAUGUUUUCGCGCUGGCAAAUGGUGUUCCAAGUCAAGCCUCGAUUGUACGAGUCACUCCAUAGUAUUUGCACUUUAUUAUAGACAACAAUUAACGCG